AUGGAUGACGAUGGCUUUGAAUUUGUGCCACCACCAGAAGCGCCUGUCUUCGAGCCUACUUUAGAGGAAUUUGAAGAUCCUCUUCGAUAUAUUAAUAAGAUUCGACCUAUAGCAGAAAAAGCCGGAAUAUGUAAAAUAAGGCCUCCACCGUCAUGGCAGCCACCCUUUGCCGUCGACGUUCAAAAAUUUCGCUUUACUCCGCGAUUACAGAAACUGAAUGAACUUGAGGCAACAUCGCGUGUUAAGCUAAACUGCCUGGAUAGUGUGAUUAAAUUUUGGGAGCUCCAGGGUGUUAAAAUGAAGAUUCCGAUUGUCGAUCAUCGUAUGUUGGAUUUGCACCGCCUUCAUAAGGUUGUGCAUAGACUAGGAGGAUUUGAGGAAGUAACAACUAAACGCAAGUGGAACGCUGUUGGUAGAGAGCUUGGCUACUGUACCACUACCAACAAGCAUAUUUCAGUGGUUUUACGUAAUCACUACGAACGAAUAUUAUAUCCGUAUGAUAUUUUCCAAGCUGGAAUUACAAUUCAGGAGGACUCUGUAAGCAAUCAAAACGUCGCAAUCGUGAGGUUAAAUACCUUUAAUGUACAGAAUAGGAAAAAAUCUUGUAAAUAUUCUUAUAUGCUGUCUUAUUUAUUAAAGGAAAUUCAACACAUCGAUUACGGUAGUAAUCCUGAACUUAAAAAAUUAGAAUUUAUUGACGCAGGACCUAAAAUGUCUUUAACUACUAAAGUACAAGAUAAUGCACACAGCUCUGUCCUAGGUAUAUUGUAUUUCAUUGUCAUUAUUAUUAUGUAUCAAAACGCCUUCACAUUUUACCUUGCUAAUUAUAGAAAAGAAAACUAUGCCGAUACAGCUUGCAUGUUAUGUGGAUUGGGAGAUAAUGAAGAAUUUCUCUUGCUUUGUGAUGGUUGUGAUGAUAGUUACCAUACGUACUGUUUAAUUCCACCUUUACAGUCAAUUCCGCCAGGAGAUUGGCGGUGUCCGAAAUGUGUGUCUCAAGAAUGCAGUAAAUCUCAAGACCCUUUCGGAUUUGAGCAAUCGCAAAAAAUCCAUACACUACGAACAUUUGGAGAUUUUGCAGAUACUUUUAAAAGAAAUCAUUUCGAUAUAGCAUUAAGGUUAUUGUCGACAAAAAUGGUAGAAAAGGAGUACUGGCGGUUAACAACUUCCAUUGAGGAAGAUAUUGAAGUAAGCUAUGGAGCUGAUAUUCCUGCUAGUGAUUUUGGUAGUGGCUUUCCGCUUUCUAAUCCUAAUAAUAAUCCAGAGAUUCAAAAAUAUGUCUCUUCGCCGUGGAAUCUCAACAAUUUGGCUAGUUUAACUGAUUCAAUUUUCAGUCAUAUCAAUGUAGAUAUUUCUGGUAUGAAGGUCCCUUGGCUGUAUAUUGGAAUGUGUUUUUCUACUUUUUGCUGGCAUAAUGAAGAUCAUUGGAGUUACUCUAUAAACUAUUUACACUGGGGUGAACCUAAAACUUGGUAUGGUGUGCCCGGAUCGUAUGCGGAAGAAUUUGAAAAUGCUGUCAGGAAGAUUGCACCAGAGUUGUUCAGUGAUCAACCUGAUUUAUUACAUCAACUUGUAACGAUUGUCUCUCCGAAUAAACUUGCUGAUUAUAAUAUUCCGAUUGUUCGUGCUGAUCAAUGUGCCGGAGAAUUUAUGGUUACUUUUCCACGAGCUUAUCAUGCUGGCUUUAAUCAAGGAUUUAACUGUGCGGAAGCCGUUAACUUUGCUCCUGCUGAUUGGUUACCAUUUGGUAGAAAGUGUGUCGAACAUUACCGGCUACUCCACAGAUAUCCAGUGUUUUCACAUGAUGAAUUACUUUGUAAAUUAGCCGCAGCUGCAGACAGAUUAAGUUUCGAAGUCGCUAAGGCUGCCUAUGCUGACUUGUACUCUUCAGUUGAGUCAGAAAAAAUGCAACGAGCAAAACUGCAACAAAAAGGACUCAAUGAUCAAUUUAGAGAAGCAUUCGAACUUAUUCAAGAUGACGAAAGACAAUGUACAGUUUGCCGCUCGACAUGCUUUCUAUCGGCAUUGUCUUGCGAAUGUUCACCAGGAAAACUCGUUUGUUUACAUCAUAGUGAUGAAUUAUGUAAUUGCGAAACAAAUGUUAGCUAUCUUCUAUACCGCUAUAGCACUGAGGAACUAGAUCAACUCCUACAUUGUCUCAGAAGUCGAUAUGAAUCAUAUUUAGCAUGGUCAAAUAAAACAACAAAGUACCUAACUGAUCAGUCUGGAAACAAACCGGGUAUAGAUGACUUACGUGAACUACUGGCUAUUGCUGAGAAAUGUAAUUUUACCCAGUGUGAUCUUGUAAAGACUUUAAAGUAUUGUAUUGCAAGAGCUGAACGAUGUCAAAAAGCAGCAUUACAGUAUGUUGGGAAGAAGCAUAGAACAAGCCAACCCAGUAUUGGUCGUAAAUUAUCCAUUGAUGAAAUGAGAGGCCUAUUAGAUCAAGUAGAAACUUUACCAUGCGAAAUUAACGAAGUCGCUGUGGUCCAGGAUUUGGCAUCCCGAGUACAAAUAUUACGAAGCGAAGCUCAAAAGGUUUUAAAUGAAUUAAAACCUGAUAUCGGUAAACUGAUACAAUUGCUAGACGCAGGGGCCUCUCUGGAUGUAGAUUUACCGGAGAUCCCAAAACUACAAGAUAAACUUCGUCAAGCUGAAUGGAUUAAUGAAGUGCGAGCGAUCUUAUCGGAUGUUAGGCCAACUUCAUUAGACGCACUUCGUAGCUUGAUUGACAGCGGUCAAAAAGUAACUCUCAAAUUUUGCUCAGUAGAAAAUUCUUUGAAUGAAUUGCAUGGUCUCCUCUCGCAAAGUGAACGUUGGGAAGAAAGAGCAAAGCAAUGUCUUUUGGCUAAUCCACCGUAUGGCAUUAGCGCCCUCGAAGCAAUUGCUUCUCAGGCUUCCUGUGUGAGAACUUAUUUACCACACGUAGCAUCUUUGCGUGAUGCAAUUCAAAAAGCUAAAGAAUGGAACAAUAAAAUUGAAAGCAUUCAGGCUGAUAAAUACUAUCCAUAUUUAGCCGUUAUCGAAGAUAUAGCUAGUAAGGGUCGUGUAAUACCAGUUAAAUUAGACUUUCUACCUCAGCUGGAAUCGCAAAUAACUGCAGCAAAAACAUGGAAAGAUCGAGCUGCUCGGCUAUUUCUAAGAAAGAACUCUUCUUAUACUUUGUUAGAGGUAUUAACGCCUCGUACCAAUAGUAGAAAUUACAUGCAUGAAUUGAAGCUACGGAAGAAAAGGAACAAUAGCAGCUCUUCUAGUAUAUCGGUGCGAACUAAUGUUAAAAGUGUAGAUGCAGAAGUCAUGGAUAACGAUCAUACGAAAGAGGUUACUGCAUAUAAGGAGAUAGAAAAAUUAGAAUUAGCUACUAUGAAAACCUUACGAAUGGAAAAUCUCAUGAAGCAAAAAGCUGAAGAUGCGGAUGAUAGAGAAUACUGUGUCUGUAGGCGAAGCGUAUCCGGGUUAAUGUUUCAGUGUGAUUUGUGUCGAGAUUGGUUUCAUUCUAGCUGUGUAACUUUACCUAAAUCGCAAGGAAACAAGGUGAUGGGGCGGAGUUCUGCGUCAACUGAAGCUAUGGCUCGAAACAUGAAGUACUUAUGUCCUUUUUGCUUGCGCUCGCGCAGGCCUCGGAUGGAUGGAAUUUUAUCUUUAUUAACAUCUUUGCAGAAGUUACCAGUUAGAUUGCCAGAAGGGGAAGCAUUACAGCAUUUAACUGAACGGGCGAUGGAUUGGCAGGAUCGUGCUCGUAAAGGCAUUUCUAAGUUUGUAGAUUUAUUAAAUAAAUACAGCACUACACAAGAUAUUACAAAUAUUGAAGAUCAUUCCAAAACUUCGACUACAUUGUGUUCUAGCAGUGCCGAUUCAUCUCAAGUAAGUUUUCUAUUUCUAAUGCUUUAA